AUGUCUUCAAAAAUUACUUACGUGUUGAUUCUUACGGUUUUCAUUGCAAGUUUACUGACACUAAUUGUCAAUGGAUGUAUCGAAGGUGGAUUUCCGUCUUCCCUUCUAUCUUCCAUUACAUCUUCCAUACCAUCUUCCAUUCCAUCUUCCAUUCCAUCUUCCAUUCCUGCGCCAACUACUGGUACGGAUGCGACUUCAAGUUCAGACGGUACUGAAUCUCCGACUCCUAAACCAUCUGAUGCAACUACAAAUGCGCCAUCAUCAGAAGAUACAGCUUCAUCUACAUCUUCACCCACAUCUGCAACUAAAUCAUCAUCUGCAUCUUCCCUUCAAUUGUUAUCAAGAACUUUAUAUGUUAUUGGAUUAUUGGCUUUUGUUUUUGAAUUACUUUUAACUAUCGUUUAA